GGGUUUUUUUCCUCUCGUCUUUUUUUCUCCUCCAGCCGGGCUAUUCAAACCUGCAGAUCUAAGUAAACAAUCGUUCGCUCGCUUAAUGCAAAUAAUGCGGCAUUUUACGCGUCGCCGUUCUGAUGCGGUCUAAAGCGCGUCUUUUAGACACCUAAAAUAUGGGCUUCUGCAGAAUAUGGCGCCCUGUCCUUAUAAAAAUAAGACAGGCUGCCAUUUUUGUUUUCCUUUUGUCUGAAAUUUUUAAUAAAACUGUCUGAGAAUGUGGGAGAGGCAGACGUCUCCGCAUCUUUACGCCACGAUAGGCGUCUGAUCGCGGUUUUUGCGGCUUUUUCAUUCGAUUUGCUAUCCAAGACGACGCGCAUUUAAUUGGAUAUGAAUUGGAGGAUGCCGAUAGAAUAGAAGAAAAGUUAAAAUGGCAGAACCUCGAUUUAAUAAUCCAUAUUUUUGGCCUCCUCCUCCGUCUAUUCCCAGUCAGCUGGAUAACCUCGUACUGAUCAACAAGAUCAAGGAACAGCUAAUGGCGGAGAAAAUCAGACCUCCGCACCUGCCGCCCACUUCUGUCCCUUCCCAGCAGCCCCUACUGGUGCAGCCCACACCCACAGAAAGCGGGCAACACAAUAUAUCAACACCCAAGCUCCAGCAGAUGUCCGGGCUUCAUGCUCACAGUACCUCGCAGCCAGACAUCGCCCUGCACGCGAGACCCGCCUCCAGCACCGUAGCAGUCUGUGCAGGUCGAAUUCUUGGGGACGUAAACUUGAAUCUGGACGACAAGACGGCUAUUAAGGCAAGGGGGUUGUGGGAAGACUGGCAUUUGCGCCAAAUCAUAGACCAGCCAUCCAGAGCGAAUCAUCUGUCAGGACUGUCUCUGACUUCUUCUCGAAGUGCCAAUCAUAUCACAUCAGAGUCCACAACGCCAACCACACUGAGCACCCCAACCAGCAGCAGUCAAACCCGCCAGGCCACUCCAUCCCCGAAUCUCAUCUCAGGGCUGUGUGGCGGGGCGGGAAUGGAGGCCAUCAAAAACAGCGCUGGGCUGUCAGGACUUUUAGGUCCGUCGCCGAAAAGCAUAGGAAGGGGGCGCAAAAAGAUCAAAGCCGAAAAUCCGUCUGGUCCUCUGUUAGUCGUUCCGUACCCGAUCCUGGCUUCUGGAGCUGAGCAGUCACCUGUUAGCAUCACUGCCAAAGAGGGCAGAACCUACAGAUGUAAAGUUUGCCCGUUGACGUUCUUCUCGAAGUCAGACAUGCAGAUCCACUCCAAGUCGCACACGGAAGCAAAGCCACACAAGUGUCCUCACUGCACCAAGUCCUUCGCAAACGCAUCUUACCUGGCCCAGCACCUGCGCAUUCACCUGGGAGUGAAGCCGUAUCACUGCUCCUACUGCGAGAAAUCCUUCCGCCAACUCUCUCAUUUACAACAACACACCAGAAUCCACACCGGUGAUCGGCCGUAUAAAUGUCUUCAUCCAGGUUGUGAAAAGGCUUUUACGCAACUCUCGAAUCUGCAGUCUCAUCAGAGGUCACACAAUAAAGACAAGCCUUACAAAUGCUCCAACUGUUACCGUGCGUACUCUGACUCCGCCUCCCUCCAAAUUCACGUGUCUGCUCACGCCAUCAAGAACGCCAAGGCGUACUGCUGCAGUAUGUGUGGCAGAGCGUACACUUCAGAGACGUACCUUAUGAAACACAUGGCUAAGCACACCGUGGUAGAACACAUGGUGAGUCAACACUCUCCGCAACGGACCGAAUCACCCAACGUUCCCAUCCGCAUCUCGCUCAUCUGAAGACGCUGAUCCUGCAUCAGUCUGCGGUCGGUCUUUCCCAAUGUUGGCGUAAGCAAAAUCACCUGUUCUUGGUGGUUUCACAUUUUUUGUGUGUUUGUUCGUUUGUUUUACUUCAUUCCAGAAGGUAUUGGACUGUGCGGAUGGAAGUUCAGAAAAGGAGCAGCAGUGUUUAUUUGGGAGGUUUUGUUCCUCUUCUUGAACUCAUUGUUAAGAGGGAAUAAUCGGGAAUCCAAAGAUGGUUUAGCAGCACUUUCAGGCCACACAGUUAGUUUUGGCUUUAAACAUUUCGGGUCUGUUACGACAAUAAAGGCAUUGCUCUGGGCAGCUAAACGGUAGGUAUUAUGCAUAAAAAAACAAACAUACGCCGUAUGUUUUAAACAUGGACCAAGUCCAGUACCUCUUCUCAUAUUUUUCUAUGCUGUCUGGGAAAAUUCCCCUUUUUUGGGCAACUCAAAGUUGGCUUGGAGACCAAUGGUCUCGUGUUUUAAUAAUGUCAAUCAUAAAAUGUUUUCAUGCAUAUAAAAUUUCCUCGCUUCCUGGGGAAAAUGUAAUAAAAAUAGCUUUAGCGUUAAGAUAAAAUUUUUAUUAAGAGGACUGUUAUGAAACUGCAGAGGACUUUAUAAACAAAUCAGCACAUUUGGAUGUUAUUAUUGCUUCAGAAAUGUGUGUGCCAAAAAUAGAUAUGUUAAAAUGGCAUACCAUUCGGAUAUUUCCCAGCACUGAACAGAACGGGCAAAUACACUUAUGACUCUGCGACGACUCGAACCAUCUGCCUUGUGUUACGGGUUUGAGUUGGCAUUUGCAUUUGACAUGUGAGAUAAAUUAAACUCACAAAAAAAAAACAACGAACAUUAUUUCACCCCUAAAGAAAAAAAGUUGCAGUGUGACAUAAAAAUGACCGUAAGCCCCGCCCACAUUGUAAUUACUGUAACACAACAAAAAAGAUGAUACUGUAUUAAAGUGAUCAAGUGCAUUUGUAAAGAGCUAUUUUAAGUAUACAUAAUGGUAGUAUUGUUAAACUUAUUGUGUGUAUUAAAAGAAAAAACUAAACCAUUGUGGCCAGAUAGGAUCGGGGGUUAAUUCGUCAUAAAAUAAUGUCACAUUGCAAGAAGUCUGACUGAAUCGGGCUUUGUAUUUCAUGCAAAAUAUCUGUAUUUUUCUUUUUGUGGUGAAAUAGAUUACCAGGCAUUACUUUGUGAGAUUUACACAAAGUAGCACAAAAUCUGCAUUUUACACAUAAAAGCUCAUGAGAUUACCCAUGAGGUUUGUGUAGCUGUAUCUAUAUCUAGAAUACCUCCCUGGAUUAUUAUACACAUUUAUACUUACUAUUAUGUUUAAAUAUUAACAACUAACAUGUUUAUUUUUCACAUUUUAAGCCUUAACCAUUUUAUCACUAGUUGUUUACCAUCACGUUUUCUAUAUUUUAUACCAUAUUGGUGUUUACUUGUGUACUCUGUACUUUUAUGUAAUAUUAUUUCCUAGCAUGAACAUGCUGUAAAUAAACGAUACAGUACUUAAGUGUUAACCAGUUUAUAUAAAAUGACUACAUGUCUAGUUAUUAUAAAAAUAUACCUUUUUAAUUCACUUUAAAUUGUGGUACUAAGACUUGGCUGCUACAAGAAAAGUCAAGAUAUUGAGAGGGGGACUUUGUAAAAGUUAAUGAAUAAAUAAAUGAGAAAAUCCAA